GAAGAGAAACUACCACCGACCUAUUCAAGAAAAACCAAACCUUGAAAGCGUUCCUGGUCUUUUCGAUAAUCUUUCUAUAUUUUCUCUCCCAAAAGAAAGCAUCUCCAAAACGCGCGAUUCCCAUCGCUAGGGUUUGCGGGUUCAGUGGAAGAAAGGAAAUCACUCUUCACUCUCCCAAAACUUACUAGUAUGGUGGAAGCAGACGGAGGCGAGGAGGACCUUGAAUUUAAGUGGGGUAUAAAGAAAGGAGUUGGUGGGAAAAAGAAAGAUUUCCAGUUUUAUCAAUCUUUUACUUAUGAUGGUGUGGAGUAUGAACUUUAUGAUUGUGUUUAUUUGUGGGUUGAUGGCGAACCUGAACCUCAUAUUGGUAAACUUGUAAAAAUAAUGGAGACUCCUGACAAGAAAAAGAGAGUGAAGGUUCUAUGGUUUUUCCGCCCUUGCGAGGUGCUAAAGUAUCCUGGGGUGGUUGUAGACACAGCCGAAGAUGAAUUAUUUUUGGCAUCUGGCGAAGGUGCAGGCCUUGCAAAUAUGAAUCCUUUGGAAGCAAUUGCUGGAAAAUGCAAGGUUGUUUGCACAUCAAAGGACAGUAGAAAUCCACAACCUUCAUAUGAAGAACUUCAAAAAGCUGACUUUAUAUUUUACCGUGCCUUUGACGUUAAGGACUUGAAAGUCCUGGAUACAAUAGAAGAAAAAGUAGCUGGGAUUGAAGUUAAAUGUUUGUUUAAUAGACCAGGUCUUCAAAAGCCCGGUAUUGUUCUGAAUCUUGAUUCAGACAAGAAAGGAGUUGGUGGAAAUGCUGUAGCAAGUAAUGAAACAGAGGUUCCUUCCAAGAGAAACCCAUCUAAAGAGCACACAACUCUAUUGACAAAUGGAAUUUCUGUUGAUACUGUACGGAAAGAACAUGCUGAUUCAAAUGCUUCAUUGGUUAAACAGAGGGCUUCACUUAGAGAGAACCCUGCUUCUAGCGUAGGUGUAGAAAUAGGUGAAUUGCCUCUAAGUAACGAUGAAAUGGAGAAUAUCUUCACUGACCAGACCAAAUCAAGGUCUAAAGUUACAAAAAAUACAGGCUCAAAAGCUUUUCUUGAUAAACAGAAAUCUUCACUUAGAGAGCAUCCUGCUUCUAGGAUAGUUGUAGAGUCAGAAAGUUCUAAAACUAACAAUAGACAGGAUCCCAGUGACAAUACUGCAUCAAGGUCUGCAGAUGAUUCUGUCAAGCGCGAGGGUAAAGUUGGUAAUAUUCCUGUGAGACGGGGCACAAUUGGUAAGGUAGUUUUGGAGGAGAAAGUAAAAUCUGCUAAGGAUUGUGUUGAUCUGGAGGAUAGGCCAGCUAAGAAGGCAAAAUUUGAUAGUUCUAUUAAAGCAUCUGAUGAAAAGAAUGAGAAGAAUGCGCUGAAGUUAAGUGUUGGUUUGGAUGGUAAAGAUCCAAAGGCAUUAGCAACUUUAACUACUUCUGAAGAUGAACCCAGACUUAAGCUUACAGAGGAUUCUCAAGGGGCUGGAAAAAGCCCUUUUAAGGUGCCUGAUGAGAAGACAAAACAUUCUAAUGGGAAGUUGUUUAAAGCAUCUCCAAGACAGUUUCCAGAUGUGGACAAAAAAAUGGUUUACCAAAUAAUGGAAGUUACCCGAAGACCAGAUGCAGAUAGAAGCAAAUGGUUUAGGGGACUUCCCUGGGAAGAAAGAAUGAAAACUGCUAAUGAGCAAGGAACACUAGUUCUUCUUCAAAAUUUGGAUCCAGUGUAUACUUCGGCAGAAGUGGAGGAUAUUGUUUGGCAUGGCUUCAAGGAAAGUUGCACAGCAAAGAUGAUUCAGCGGACUUCAAUUUCUAGCCCUCACUAUGGUCAAGCUUUUGUUAUAUUCAAAACAAGGGAAGCGGCAGAGACGGUUGUUAGAAGGUUAGAUGAGGGCUGCCUAUUACUAUCAAAUGGGAGGCCUCUCGUUGGAAGUAUUGGAACUCCUUGCUUCCCAGAAAAGAAACCAACUUUUUUUGGCCAUUAUGUUAUUGAUAAAGUUAGACAUCAGAUGGCUCGGGGAAUGAGAGAAGCUGUAUCUACUUCACAUUGUUCUCAGUCUAACACAAUUGAAUAUGAGAUGGCCAUGGAAUGGUGCUUACUGCAAGAAAGAUCAGAACUCUCAUGGAAAAAGUUAUAUAAGCGACAAGGGGAGGAGUUGAAAAAACUUAACUGCAGCUUCAAGUCCAAAUGGCGCUAGUGGCUUUCUGCACGUCCUCUUCCUGUACCUCCGUUUUUUGUUCAUGCAUUCUGAAUCUCCUCUUCCUGAGGCACCGCAAACAAUGGCCUUUGUGUUCAUGCCUUGAUGGUUACCAGAUGCAUCAAACCAGAGGGUUCCUACGGUCUGACUAGUAUAUAUCAGAAGAAGAUGGAGUAGAUAUAAAUGAAGCAGGUUUCCUGUUUAUCAGGAUUCAGGCAAAUUUUGAGCGUAUGUAAAUAUUAUAGUUGAGGGUCGUUCUGGCUUGUUGGGAAUUUGAAGAGCGUUUUUGAAGCCAGCUGGUUCACCACUUUCUAUACUAUGUGCAUCAUGGACAGUGUAAAAUGAUCAUAUCUUAGCAAUUGUAUAAAUACGUUCGGCAAUCAGGUUUACUGCA